CUUGCACCAAACUACAAUUAUAGAAGGGUGUCUUGAUAAAUGCAGUUCUGUGCAUAACUUCCUGAAGGUGUCUAUUAUGGUGGAGGCAUUCUUAGGUGAGCAAGUCACUGCUUGGUUUCUAGGGACUUGAAAUUUCAGUUCUCAAAUACAAGUGCCUGCCAUUGGGAGUUUGAUUGUCUCUUUAUUAUUUUUCAUAAAUAAUGACCCUGUGACACCUAAACAUACUGUUAAUAUAUAUUUAUCUGAGGCAGUGUAUCUACCUCUGACAAGUUUCUAAUCAGAUUUUGGGGCCUAUGGAACUUAGAAGCUCCAACAAUGGAAUAAGGCAUCGCCCAAUGACCCUGCCAAGGGUGUUUAGGGGUCUGAUAUGUUUACUGGUGUUACUUGUGACAGCAUUUAUGAUGUUAGUCUAUUGGGGUUUUCUGAGUGCUGUCAUGUUGCGACUUUUUAGCAUACGUUACAGCAGGAAAGCAACGUCCUUUUUCUUUGGUGCUUGGCUAGCUUUGUGGCCUUUUCUCUUUGAAAAGAUAAAUAAGACUAAAGUUGUUUUUUCUGGAGAGUUUGUUCCGGCAAGGGAACGUAUUUUACUUAUUGCAAACCACAGAACUGAGGUUGAUUGGAUGUACUUGUGGGACCUUGCAUUGCGGAAGGGAUGCCAUGGAUAUAUUAAGUAUAUCCUUAAGAGUAGUCUGAUGAAAUUACCUGUAUUUGGUUGGGGAUUUCACAUUUUGGAGUUCAUCUCAGUGGAGAGAAGGUGGGAAGUUGAUGAAUCAAACAUGCGCAAAAUGCUUUCAACUUUUAAAGAUCCUGGGGAACCCCUCUGGCUUGCUCUGUUCCCAGAAGGCACAGAUUUUACUGAACAGAAGUGCAUAAGAAGUCAAAAAUAUGCAGCUGAAAAUGGCUUACCUAUCCUGAAAAAUGUGCUGCUCCCAAAACAGAAGGGAUUUUGUGCCUGCUUGGAAGAUUUGAGGGGAUCACUGGAUGCAGUUUAUGAUGUGACCAUUGGCUACAAGCAUCGUUGCCCAACUUUUUUAGAUAAUGUCUUCGGGGUGGAUCCCUCCGAAGUUCAUAUGAAUGUCCGACGUAUCCCUAUCAUUGACAUCCCAACAUCUGAGGAGGAGGUUAGUGCUUGGUUGAUUACUACAUUUCAGCUCAAGGACAAGUUGCUUUCUAAUUUUUAUUCUCAAGGACAUUUCCCUCAUGAAGGAACAGAAGCAGAGCUCUCCACAGUUAAGUGCCUUGUAAACUUAACGGCUGUGAUUGCCUUGAUUAGUGCAACUACAUAUUUCACACUUUUCUCAUCCAUUUGGUUUAAGAUUUAUGUUUCCUUAGUUUGUGCCUAUUUGGCAUCUGCUACCUAUUUCGAUGUUCGCCCUAUGCCAGUUCUCGACUUCGUUAAAGCUAUGUUUAAUCACUAGCCAUACAACUUUUGAACAGGCUUUUUCCAUUGGGAUUUAGGAAAUCUAUAUCCGGCCUUCAAAAAUGUCACCGGUGAACUUAUUUUACUCAUGCUUUUCAGUAUCUCU